AUGGCGUCCUUCGCUCGCCGAGCCAUGAGCCUAUCUCAGAUUCCAUCUGCUCGUGCACCCGCCGCCUCUGUUUGUCAGCGCCGUGGCCUCGCCGGCGCCGCUGAUCACCAUGGAUCUACCAAGGUUGACUUCUGGAAACAGCCCACGAACCCAGGAAACUGGAAAGAAGAGCAUUUUGUGCUCAUUUCGCUGUCCGGAUGGGGCUUGCUUUUCUACAGUGGAUACAAGCUCUUCACCGGCGGGAAAGAAGAGAAGCCUGUCGAGGGUACUCAGUGA